AUGGAGCGAUUCUCAAUGGGAGUUGCGCGGGGCAUUCUCAACCGCUGUCUAGGAUAUGUUCGAGUCCCUCGUCGCGACUUGAUGGGUUUGGAGGAUGUACCUGACGUCAAAGGCUGGCAAACCAAUCGCAAGGCUCCUGUUAUUGCUCCUCAACAACAAGCACAAACUAACGAAGAAAGUAUCCAUGAAGCUUGCCAAGGAGCUCCCCAAGAAGUCCUCCAUGAAGCUAUCCAAGGUGCUGCGCAAGAAGUUGCUCCAGAAGAACUUUCAUCCAGUCCAGAGUUCACCUUCACCUGCUUCGAAAAACUUGCCCCUGAGCUACGUUGUCACAUCUACAAGCAUGCUCUCCCUGGUCCCAGAGUCGUCAAGUACAAGACUCGCGGUAGACGAGCUCUCCUAACACCAUUGUUGCUUGUCUGCCACGAAUCGAGAGAAGAGGUCUUGAGGCACUACAUGUCAAUCACUGAAUUUGGUCCGAAAGUCUACAUGAAUCCGGAGAUCGAUAUCCUCUUCAUUAACACCCUUAGAUUCUUCACCGACAAGAUUCUGUUUGGUGUCGAUCCGAUUCUGCUUAACAGACUUCGCCGUAUUGCUUACCCGCUGAAGAAGUUGGAGGACCUUAUUCAGUGGCCUAACUACAUUGUCAGAGAGAGAGAUCCUUCUCGACCUCGUUUUUUCACAAUGCAUGCAGCUAGCCACUUCAUUGAGCAUCUUCUCGAUUUCAAGGCUCUCAAUACGCUCACCUUAGUUGAUACUGUUGUUGAAAAAGAUCAAGUCAACUCCACAUUUGUAGAUCUAUUCACCAAGCCGAUUUCGGAGUGGCCCAUUCGCGUAGCUGGCGCCCUGUAUACUGAGGAGGAACGACGAGCUCUAUCUACCGCUGCAUUCUUGAGCUGGGCAGGUACGAGUUACUUCCUUGAGGAGCUACAGAAGGCUUCGAAGGACACCAAGAAGGCUUUGGCGGAGAUCUUGCUACCAACAGAUCAUACAUUUGAAGUUGAUAUCAAAGGACUAAUCGAACCAGCUUCUAUUUGACAGGAUGCAUGAUACCGGGGGAAUGGUAAUUACAGAUACGUUCUGAC